AUGCAGCUCACCAAUGUCACCGCUCUGGUCCUUGGCCUCCUCACCUCCUCCGGCCUUGCCGCUCCUCCUUCUUGGGUCAAGCCUGCCACUAUCCAGCUCGCGAACGAACAUUCUGGUGCCAAUGCCAACGUCGCUGUUCCCGUUGAUGGCGUGAAGCGCCCUGUUCAGGAGCUCUGGGGCCACACUGCAGUUGCACACGAGGGCCUCGUUUUCGCCUCAAGUGCCAUGCUCACUGCUUUCCAGCAGACCACAGUCUGCGAGUUCACUGAGGAGCCACGUCUAGAUGUGAUCAUUAACGCCGAGAAAACAUACAGUUCUUUCGGGGGAGGUGUCAAGGACCUUUGCGCCGCCUAUGUUGUGUGCAAGUGCGAGGGCAUGUGA